AUGGCUAAGAAUGUAGAACAAGCUUCAUUGUAUCCAUCCUUUGUAGACGCAAGAAUCUCAUUCUCCAAUGAUUUUGCAGACAGUGAUCAUAGUAGUAACCAACUUCAACAGACGGUUUCAAGAGUAGUACAAGAUCAGAUGAAGUACAAAGAAGCUCCUGUUUCGUCUGAUUUCAAAUUCAACGUCGAAAACUACGGUUUCAUUUCUGCGGCUGAUGAGAUCUUCUUUGGUGGAGUUUUGUUGCCGAUGGAGAAGACUCAGAGGAAAGUGACGACACUUAGAGAGGAACUCAGUGUUCAAGAUUCUGACCGUACGAUCUCAAAGGGAUCUCGUAAUUGGUGGAAACUAGGUCUCAACAAGUCCAAGAAAAUUCAUUCUAACAACAUCGACUUCCAUCUUCCCCAAAAAUCUCAGAAUUGUCUUGCAAGUAUAUUGGAAUCUGAUGACUGAAAGAUGACUCCGGAAGCAGUCAGCUAAUUAUGGAAAACUAG